CGUCGUCUAGCUGAGGUCAGCUCAGCCGCCAUGGCGAAAGGCAAAGCCGCCGAACGGUCGCCAACGGGGGCACUCCACAAGACCCCAGUAGAGGACCAGGCUGCGCGGACGCGGGAUUCCGCGGAGCCGGGCAGCGGAGGCAGUCUGAAGGAAAAAGCCUGUGUGGAAGCGGGGUCAGCAAGAAUGUCACUUCUUAUAUUGGUGUCCAUUUUCUUGUCUGCAGCCUUUGUUAUGUUUUUGGUAUAUAAAAAUUUUCCUCAGCUUAGUGAAGAAGAAAGAGUGAAUAUGAAGGUCCCCAGGAAUAUGGAUGAUGCCAAGGCUCUAGGAAAAGUUUUAUCCAAAUAUAAGGACACCUUUUAUGUACAAGUACUUGUAGCUUACUUUGCUACGUAUAUUUUCUUGCAAACAUUUGCUAUUCCUGGCUCUAUUUUUCUCAGCAUACUCUCAGGGUUUCUUUAUCCCUUUCCACUAGCCUUAUUUCUUGUUUGUUUGUGUUCUGGACUUGGUGCCUCAUUCUGCUAUAUGCUCUCCUAUUUAGUUGGAAGACCAGUUGUAUAUAAAUACUUAACAGAGAAAGCAGUAAAGUGGUCACAACAGGUUGAACGUCACAGAGAACAUCUCAUAAACUACAUAAUAUUUUUGAGAAUAACACCAUUUCUGCCUAAUUGGUUUAUCAAUAUUACAUCUCCUGUGAUAAACGUGCCACUGAAAGUUUUUUUUAUUGGCACUUUUCUAGGCGUUGCACCUCCCUCUUUUGUAGCAAUCAAGGCAGGAACAACACUGUACCAGCUUACAACAGCCGGGGAAGCUGUUUCCUGGAACUCAGUAUUUAUUCUGAUGAUUUUGGCCAUUCUUUCUAUUCUGCCAGCUAUCUUCCAGAAGAAACUAAAGCAGAAAUUUGAGUAAAAAAUUAAAACUAGGUUUUUCUGUCAUCUUCAUUUUCAUCAUCUCAGGAUUAGCAGGUGCAUCCAUUUGUUUUUAAAUAAUCAGUACUCGAAAGAAGUAUUGUUUUAUGGGAUAUUUGUAAAAUAUGUAAUGAUACAUUUUAAAUAAUGCAUUUAAAUGACAAGAGCGCACAGAAUUUAAAAGGAGAAAUUGGCAUACUAA